AUGAGUUAUAGAAGAACAACUUUAUUUGUUGCUGGCUUUGGAUCUCAAAUUAGAGCUAGAGAUCUGGCAUAUGAAUUUGAAAGAUACGGCCGGCUAAUUCGUUGUGAUAUUCCUGCUCCAAGAAGUUAUCAAUCAAAACCUUAUGCUUUUGUUGAAUUUGAGGACGAACGAGAUGCGGAAGAUGCUUAUUAUGAGAUGCAUGGUCGUAGAGUAUAUGGACACGCUCUGAAUAUUCAGUGGGCCAAAAACGCUCCUUCUAGAUCUUGGCGGUAUGAGGGGAGUAGUCGAAAUUCACCGCGUCGAAGUCGCCGAUCGCCAUCCAGAACCGUUGAAAGAGAGCGAACUACUAAUGGUGAAGAACGACCGGCUGAUGACAGAAGGUCCAGAUCUAUAUCACCAACUAGAGACGAUACUAAACGUCGUGAUUCUCGUUCACCUCCUCGUCCUCGUGAAGAAGCUAGAGAAAGAUCUACAAGCCCAAAUGAUCGUAAUGGCAAUGGCACUUCUCGUUCUCCAUCAAGGAGUCCACCAGCACGUCUUUCGCAGUCUAGAAGUCCCCAACGGGAUUGA